AUGGUGGUGAGCGUUCCGAACACCGGAGUGAGGUCAGUUUUGUGCAACUCCGGAACUUUCACAGGGGGCGAUCCUUUCGCAGUGAGUCUGGAUUACGUUCUCAAAGAAUUGGAGAGUUCAACUCCCACUAUAAAGAAAUAUGAUUUCUACAACAUAUCUCCUUAUCCUAAUUCCUUCGCUUAUGGUCAUGCUUCCUGCAACCAGAAUCUCACAACCUCAGACUGCACCGCUUGUCUUGGGGCUGCUAAGACCAACAUGUUGGGAACUUGUCAAAUGAGUAUUGGUGGCCGUGCGGUGCUCCAUGACUGUAUGAUUAGGUACGAGCAAUACCCAUUUGAUGAUUAG